AUGUGCAGCAUUGGUGAAGAUGACUUUGGGGAUGAGGGUGGAGUUCAUUCUAUGGUACCUGAUGUAAAGCGUGACGAAUCACAAUCAUCCAUUGAAACUGAACGUUUGUGCAAUAAAUGUAAACAACCUGGAGCUGCAUAUAAACUGGCAUUCCGUGAACCAGAAUGUAAGGAUUGCUUCCUCAACUAUGUACGACAUAAAUUUCGUGCAGCAUUGGGCUCCUCCAAAGUGUUACCCAAGAAUGCCAAUGUCCUGCUAGUGUUUGAUGGUAGUGCACAGUCUUUGGUGCUUUUGGAUAUGCUACAUCAUGCUCAGACUCAGAAUACGUUUAAGAGAUUGCAUUGCAAUGCAACAGUUCUUUAUAUAGAUGAUUAUGCAGUGAACGGGGAGGACGACAAGGAUUAUGAAAAGCUAUUGCGAGAUGUACAAAAGACCUGUGGAACAUAUGAACAUUUUGAAUGUUUCCUACUGCCAUUGGUGAAGGCGGAUUAUGUUAAGGAUUUAAUCUUUGAUUUGAAAUUGUUGGAGGAAAAUUACUUUUCAACAGUGGCUAAACAAAAAUUGGAUUUUAAAGGGGCAGUAGAUUGUCUGAAAUCCUUAACAUCCCGACAAGAUUUCAUCAAACAUUAUCGAAGUAAAAUUAUUGCCCUUGCUGCAAAGCACUUUCAAUGUCAAUUUGCCUUUAAGGCAGAUAUAAGUUCAGAUUUAGCCUCAGAUCUGUUGGCAGCCAUUGCUUUGGGUAGGGGAGGCAGUGCUGCAUUGGAUGUUGCCUUGGUGGAUAAUCGUCUAGAUGAUGAUAUUAAAAUUGUAAGGCCUCUCAAAGACCUAACCGAAGAGGAAAUUGGUUUGUAUAUAAAAGCUCAAAAUCUCCCAUUACUGGAUCAUCGGAUAUAUGGCAAUGAUUGUGGACCCUCGGCAAGUUUGCAAAAUCUCACCAAGUCAUUUGUUAAAGAUUUACAACAGAAUUAUUCAUCGACGGUAUCGACAGUGUUUCGUACCGGUUCUAAAAUAGCCUCACAAAUUGGAGAUGAUAAUAAUAAAACGGAAGGAUGUUGUAAAUUUUGUAAAUCCCCUUUGGAUUAUCAGGAUUCGACGACAUUAUUGGCUAUUGAAUUUUCUCGCAUUGUUUCGGAAUGUGGUAUUAAAACCGAGGAUGAUACGUCGGAGUUAAGUAUGGAAGCCCAAAAACAUGUUGCUGGUGAUAUUGAGGGCUGUGAUUUGACACAGAUGUGUCAUGCCUGUCGUAAUAUUUAUGCAGAUUCAAAUAACAAUGACAUUUUGUUACAAUAA